AUGAGCAAGGCACUCUACACGUCUCUUCGGGCCAUUCUGCCGGUGUGGAGGACGACACCGACGAAUUUAUUGCACAGGGAGGCAGGCAUACCGCCCGUUCCUCUGCUCCUCGAAGCUCGUCGGAUGGCCUUUGCUGCGCGCCUGAAAGCGCUCGACGAAGCUCAUUCGCUCGUUCAGCGCACGUCGCGACCAAAAGCUCCCGCCGUGACCGUACACAAACUUAUCAAACUGAAGUACCAAAAACCGCCACAGCCCUUCCGGACCAGAUUGCGGCGCGCCGACGAAAUGCUAUCGAGCUGCCGGAGACCUGCUUUACUGCAGCGCGGACUUGCCGAAGAGCGGACUGCGCCUCCGCAGAGUGCAUCGAAAAAUGAGACGGCGAAGAAAUUUCGCAACUGGCUUCAGGCACUAUCGCCCCGAACUCUUGUCGUCUAUUCCGACGGUUCUCGUUCUGCCGAAGGCCAAGUCGGAUAUGGCUAUGCUGUUCAUCGGGACGGAUCCACAGUCUUGAGCGGCAAAGGCCGUCUUGGACCAGCUGAGGUUUUCGACGCGGAGGCGAGAGGUGCGCUUGAGGGAUUGAAGGCUGCGUUGAGCCACCCAGAAACUGACCGCAUCUUUGUCUGUCUCGACAACCUCGCGACCGCAAGGUGCUUGCGGGGCACGCCGAGCGACUCCUCGCAAGAUGUCUUUCUCGAGUUUCAAUCUGUGGCGCGACAACACGGAGCGGUGGAGGUCCACUACGGCAGGCUAUAG